GGAUAAGCCGACGGCUGUUAUGUGCCGACGGCUGCUGUCGGUGUAGACGGGGAUAGCCCGACGGCCAUUGUACGCCGACGGCCAGGACCUAGCUGUCGGCAUAGCUUGGGUUAGGCCGACGGUGGCCGUCGGCAUACAUUUGGCUGUCGGCUUAGAGCCCUGUUCCGGUAGUGAGGCAUGCACACAAGUCGUGCCGUCGUGGUGUAGAAAGUGGAGACGACCAAGUCUUGUACUAACUGAAACAUGACAGACUGAACUCUGCACUUAACAGUGCUCACUUAGAUAUAUGAUCGCAAUCGCCUGCCGCUGGCCUCAAGUGCCCAGUUUGAACCAAGCUGGAGCAUCUAAAAUAAUUACUGAGAUAUAGAAUCCUCCAAAGAAGAGAAGUGAGAGAUGCCAGACCUGGCACAAUCGGUCAUUGGUAGUAGCAAAAUGUCAUGGUCCUUCCAAUCUGUGCACUCCACACAAAAAUAUUUGACCAAUCAAGGUUUUGAAGUCAUCAGAAAGUAAAAGACAAUGAUACUUUGACCGUGGACGGGCGCAGCUAUUGUUAGGCCGCGUGAGACUACUAGUAUCACAGAUUCUGCGCGAAGCAAGGCUUCCAACUUUGACCGUGGACGGGCGCAGCUAUUACAUUAUCACCUCGAUCUCAUCUAGAGUAGUUUGCAAGAGCAAGCAGAUGGAUCCGUUUCACGUCUCUGCAGCUGCCAUGUUCUUCUCAGCCAUGCUUCUGCUCACCCUCCUCUCUGGCAUCACCGCCAGCGCCCAAGAAACCACAACGUCGUCGUUGCUCUCAACAUCCUGUGAGCCGGCGAUGUGCGGGAGUCUGCGCAUCGAGUACCCGUUCUGGCUCGGCGGCACGCACCCGCCAGAGUGCGGCUACUGGGCCUUCCAGGUCAGCUGCCACAGCAACGGCACGGCCUCCCUCAAGAACUCCAUCUGGACGUACCAGAUUCUGGAGAUCUCCUACCCAGACAGCACCUUCCGGGUCACCAACUCCCAGCUCUCCGACGGCACCUGCGACUUCGAGCUCCGCGUGAACGCCUCCUCCGAACUCGGCCUCGCGCCAUUCAGCAUCAGCGCGGCUAACCACCAGCUCUUCUUCCUGUACAACUGCACCGAGCAGCAGGCGCGGCAGCCGCCGCCGACGUGGGCGCAUGUGAACUGCGCCAACGGCUCGCUCAACAACUCGUUCGCGUUGCUUGCUGGGAAUUACAAGCCGGACGACAAAUGGGAGCCGGAGAACUGCACUGUGUCCAUGAUGCCGGUGCUCGGCUACCCGGGGGCGACUGGGGCAAACUACAACCGGCUGAUCAAGGGCGGGUUUCGUCUCGAGUACACGGCCGGCGACUGCACAUCGUGCAGAGAGACCGGUGGGCUUUGCCGGAUCAACACCACCUAUGAUAUCUUCGAGUGCCGCUGCUCUGACGGCGUGUCUGACCUCAUCAUCUGUCAUAGUUCAGGUAGCAAGGGGACUAGCAAGAAGAUUAUUCUAAUAGUUGUGACAUCAGCCGCUGGAGCCUUGCUCUUUACAUGUAUUUAUGUCCUGGUAUGGCGCAAAAAAGGGAAAAGACUAAGGUUUCUCCUUUGCAAGAAGACUAGCAGCAACACCGAAAAGAAUUAUGAGGCCAUGAUAGUAUCGUACGGAUCCCUAGCUCCAAAAAGAUACAUGUAUUCAGAGGUAAUGAAGAUAACAUCUUCUCGCAACGAUCAGCUUGGAAAAGGAGGUUAUGGUGUUGUUUUCAAAGGAAGUCUGCAUGAUGGUCGUCUGGUCGCAGUAAAAUUCUUGCAUGACUGCAAAGGAAAUGGGGACGAGUUUGUUAAUGAAGUUAUGAGCAUUGGCAGGACCUCUCAUGUUAAUGUUGUUAGCUUAUAUGGGUUUUGUUUGGAGGGAUCAAAGCGAGCUCUUAUAUAUGAGUACAUGCCCAACGGUUCCUUGGAUAAGUACAUUUAUUCAGAGCACCCCAAAGAAAUUUUAGGAUGGGAGAGGCUUUAUGGGAUAGCAAUUGGGAUUGCUCGUGGCCUCGAAUACUUGCACCAUAGCUGUAAUACACGUAUCGUCCAUUUCGAUAUCAAGCCCCAAAAUAUCCUUCUAGACAAAGAUUUUAGCCCAAAGAUUGCUGAUUUUGGUCUAGCUAAAUUGUGUCAUACAAAAGAGAGCAAGGUUUCAAUGACUGGUACUAGAGGAACAAUUGGGUUCAUCGCUCCAGAAGUUCACUCUCAAAGCUUCGGAGUGGUUUCAACAAAGUCAGAUGUUUAUAGUUAUGGAAUGAUGCUGCUGGAGAUGGUUGGAGGCAGGAGAAACGUAAAACCAAUUGUUGCAAAAUCCAGCGAAAAGUAUUUUCCAGACUGGAUAUACGACCACUUUGCGCAAGAUGAUGGAUUACAAGCAUGUGAAGUCACAUCAGAAAUUGAGGAAAUCGCAAGAAAGAUGACCUUAAUUGGCUUGUGGUGCGUACAAAUAUUGCCUGCAUAUCGCCCUACCAUAACCAAAGUUCUAGAAAUGUUCGAGAGAAGCUCAGAUGACAUGGACAUGCCACCAAAGCAAAACUUCUCUGGAUUGCUUGAAAGUGCAGCUCACAAUAUGGAUGUACAGAGUUCAAGUUCUACCAGAUCUGAGGAGAUCAGCCUUGUGAAUUCAAAAAUCCUACAACAAUCGCCAACUCUGUGAGCAGAUAGGCCAUAGCCCCUCUGUCGCAAGAAUGGACAAGGAAAAGGGGAAGGAGAGUAGGAGGAGAAGGAGAAGGAGAGGAGCUUGGUGUCCAUUAUGAAGACUAAGCCGCUUGUCCCAGGAAGCAGAAGGGGAAGGGGAAGGGCAAGGGUUGUGUCGCUGUAGAGGAAGCGGGCCAAGGAUUACGGCAAUGUCCUGCUCGCCGAGUUGUUAUUAAGGGUAAAAAAAGCUCCACCGCCUUGACGUCUCGCUGACCCUGCCGACGCCAAGAGCCGCACCAACCCCACUGUCCGCCUCUGGAUGGCGGAUCUCGAACGCCGCCUACCAAGCCGACCAUGUCCUCAAAAACUUCCGCUACGAGGCGCUGCGGCGCUGUGCCGACGACCACAUCCGCGGCCCCUCCUCCAUGAGUCCUUGUCUCUAUUUUCAGUUUAAUUUGGAAAUGGAUUUUCUGUUUAAUUUGGAGUGGAAGCCCCGUAAUCUAUGGAAAUUGAAGGAUUUUAAUUUUACUGAAAUUAAAGAUGGUCCUGUGUGGCUCUGUUGUUUUCAUUCAGUUUGUAAGUGACUACAAUUCCUGGCUACAUAAGCGUCAGUCUGUCAAGUGUCAAGUGUCAAAUUUCAGAGGACACUUGAAAUCUAAGCAUCAAAGAGGUUCAGUCAGUCUGUCCAGUGUCAACUAACACUUGAGAUAUUUGUCGAACACGUUCUGUAGUAGAAACGGAAUCUACAUCUUUA